GGCGGACGAGGAACGAGAACGUGUUUGUUUAGGUUUUUACAGGCAAAAUGGGUACGACGUCUUUCGUUCUUUAUGCUUUCGGACUUCAUGUCCUCACUGUGUGCACAUUAGCAUCUUCAGACAUUUUUGACAGCGUUUUGGGAAACACGGUGUCUUGUCACAAGUCGUGUGGACUGACAUACAGUCUGCACACAUAUCCGCGGGAGGAGGAACUUUAUGCCUGUCAGAGAGGCUGCCGUCUGUUCUCCAUUUGUCAGUUUGUUCGUGACAGCGACAAUUUGAAUCAGACCAAAUCCGAGUGUGAAUCAACUUGUCGUGAAGCCUACUCCCAGACUGAUGAGCAGUAUGCAUGCAACAUGGGCUGUCAUAAUCAGCUUCCUAUCGCAGAGCAGCGGAUGGAGCAGUUGGAUGCCAUGAUGCCCAGGAUUCAUCUCCUGUACCCGCUGACUCUGGUUAGAGGUUUUUGGGAUGAUUUAAUGAGUCAGGCCCACAGCUUCAUCACUUCCACCUGGACUUUCUAUCUCCAGGCGGAUGAUGGAAAAGUUGUCAUUUUCCAGCAGACUGAACCACAAGUGAAGUUCUUCACCCAGUUUGAUCUGGACGAAGAAAUCAGACAAGAGCCACCAAAAAGCAUCCCAGUACUGAACAAUCCCAUUUACAAAGAAUACCAUCGCACUUUAAUCCAAGAGAGAGACAGAGAUAUGUCUGGUGACCACAGCUAUGAUGAUGGAUACAACCUCUUCAGUUGUCUGUCAAGGAACCCGUGGCUACCAGGAUGGAUCCUGACCUCAACUUUGAUCCUGUCUGUGUUGGUUCUGAUCUGGAUCUGCUGUGCCACUGUAGCCACUGCUGUGGACCAAUACGUGCCUGCUGAGAAGUUGAGCAUCUAUGGUGACAAGGACUACAUGAACGAGCAGAAACUGACUCCAUACCCAGCAUCCUCCCUGCUCAUCAUCACCUCCAAAGUGACAGAAGAGGCAGGACCACUCUCCUCCAAGGUCAACCUGGGGCAGUCUGACAUCUAGAAUCUAACGCUGCACUCCAGAAGAGACUUUCUCCUCUACAAAUAAUUUAUAGUUUUUGUUUAUCCUCCAAUUUAAAGCCUGAGCUGCAUGUGGUGUUAACAGAACUUGCAGUGUACUUUGUAUUGAUUCAUAUGUCACUACUUUAAUUGAAGCUUUUGAAACUGGGGUGGCUGGGAGGUUAGUUUAUCGGUGUAAUAGAGGCAUUACAAUAUAAUGAGGGAGGCACAAGUCGGGAAGGCUUCAGGACUUUUCUUGUGUUGUUGCUGUGCAGUAGCACUGUUGGUGCAUAUUUUAUUAAAUGUUAAAUUGUUUGUGACUUGAACUGAUGCAGGUUUCUCCUAAACCCACAUUUUUGUUGGUAAAUUAGAAUGUGAUAAUUCUGCAGACUCCUUGUUUUUUCCUUUUUUUUUGCAUUGCUAUCCAGAUAAUUCAUUUAGCAGCAAAUUAUGUUUUUAAUCUAAUGACGGUACACCAAGUCUUUCUUCACUGGUUCUCUCAACAAUAAAGUAGAAUUUAAGAAAGAAAGCUGUUUAGUUUUUCAUUACAC